AAAAGGUCGUUGUAACUGAAAUAAGAAGAAGAAGAAGCAAAAAAGCCAAAACCCAAAAAACCAAUAAAAGCAUGUACUAAAAAUAACCCAUAGGUUUUGAGAAUCGGAGAGGCCAGCUUUCAAAAAAAUUCCUUUCUUUUUCAUGGCCAAAAUAGAGGAGAAACUCAGUUGAGGCUUUGAGGCCAUCCAUCAUCACAUAAAAAAAAAUAAUAAUAAUAAUAAUUUUGAAAUGACACAACAUGGCCAACAAUUAGCUCAACUCAGCCUUAGGAGGAGGAUUCAUCGUCGCCUUUUAAUCCUCCGGCGAUGGUUUCGACGUGUGUUGAAUCAAAUUCUCAGAUGUCCCCCCCUAAAGAAACCAAUCCGGUACCGCAUGCUAGCACGUGGCACGGUGACAUCUUCAUCUAUAGGCACCCCAGAGGGUGGCUUUGCUUCUGUGGAGAAUGAGAAUGUGACACCCGUGUAUCAUCAUCAUAGCCAUGACAAGGACUCGGAUUUGGUUGCCUUGAAGAUAAGUCUUUUGGGUGAUUACCAAAUUGGAAAGACUAGUUUCCUGGUGAAGUAUGUAGGGCAAGAACAGGAAGCCCUGCAAAAUAAAGGACUAAAUAUGAUGGAUAAAACAUUAUUGGUUGGAGGUGCACGUAUUUCUUAUUGUAUUUGGGAAGUAGAAGGUGAUAAAAUGUCUCGAGAUCACAUUCCUGCUGCUUGCAAGGACUCUGUUGCAAUGUUGUUCAUGUUUGAUCUAACAAGUCGGUGUACGUUAAAUAAUAUCAUAAAGUGGCAUCAAGAAGCAAGAAAAUGGAAUCAGACUGCAAUUCCUGUUUUAAUUGGAACAAAGUUUGAUGAAUUCAUCCAACUCCCCAUAGAUUUGCAAUGGACGAUCGCAAGUCAGGCAAGAAAAUUAGCAAAGGCCCUCAAUGCAACCCUUUUCUUUUCAAGUGCAACCUACAACAUCAACGUGAAUAAGAUCUUCAAGUUCAUCACUGCAAAGCUCUUUGACCUACCAUGGACUGUGGAGAGGAAUUUGACUGUGGGAGAGCCCAUUAUUGAUUUUUAGCCUACUAUUUUGUGGCAAAGUGUGUAGCCAUAGAAGAACUAACCGUGGAGAGGAAUCUGAUUGUGAGAGAGCCCAUUAUUGAUUUUUAGCAGACUAUUUUGUGGCAAAGUGUGCGGCCGUAGAAGAACUGAAGAUGUAGAUAUAGAAAAAUUGCCUAAAAUGCAAGAAAGCAAUUAAAGUCAACCAGUCGCUGGACUCGUCAUUGUGUUGCUACAUUUGAAAUGUCAUGGAGAAUGGCAGAGGCGGGAGGAGAGCCCACAUCUCCAUUUAUGAAUAGCAUUUGUGUUCUCCAAGUUCAGCAAUUGUAAAACCGAAAAAAAAAAAAAAACCAAAAUAAAUGCAAAACUCGCCCUUUAUUUUCACCAAAAUUCAUUUUAGUAAUAUAAUUUUGCUUUCGUUUACUUCAGUCUUUUAAGUUUCAAGUUUAUUCAUGUAAGACCUCUCUAUCAACUUUUGUUAUAUUGUAGUUAAUUGUCCAAUUUUUAAAAUUUUUUUCUUCAAAUUUUUUUAAUUAAAAAUUUUCAAUUAAUGAUUGAAAAAUAUUUUCCUUUAUUUAAAGAAUAUUUUCCAUUAUUUUAAAAAAAAAAUUGAUAGAGAGGCUUUAAUUGAAUAAAUUUGAAACUUAGAGGACUGAAAUAAACGAAAACAAAGUUAUAGGACUAAAAUGAGUUCUGUACAAACUUAGAAUGUGAGUUUUGUAUUUUAGCACCAAUAUAUAUAUAUCUGCAAAUAUAUUGUAUUGCUCUUUCAUGUGACAGUUUAUUUAUAAUAAUAAAG